CAACUAAUUACUACCUAAACACUGUCCGCGGAAACCCAAACCCUCUAUUACUGUUGCAAGUUGAGGAGAAGAUGAACAGUUAAAGGAAGAAGGCUUGUGAUUGGUCAAUAAGGAAGACACACAGCCAGAGCUCUAACAGAAACCUGCUCUCUCAUUGGAUGCUCUAUGGCAGCAAACCAAGUUCCUGUGCUGUGCAAGAGAGAGAGGUAGAAAGCGCUGUGGAAAUCUUCAGCAGGGAUGUCCCCCUAAGAAAGUAGUGCAGUAGUUGCUCUGCGUACCAGACUGGGGCAAGGCACUACUGCAGACAGGUGCCAUGGCCUCUCUCAGCCCUUUUGGACGGUCCGCAGCAAACAUACAGAAUGUGAUGCAAAAACUGCAAGAUGAACAGGAGGCAGUCCAGAAAAGAACAUUUACAAAGUGGAUUAAUUCACAUUUGGCCAAGCAUAAACCUCCUUUCGAGAUCAAUGAUCUUUUUGAGGACAUCAAGGAUGGGGUGAAACUGCUGGGUCUGCUGGAGGUGCUGUCUGGGCAGAGAUUACCAUGCGAACAGGGUCGGCAGCUAAAAAGAAUCCAUUGGGUGUCCAAUAUCGGCACUGCACUUAAGUUCUUGGAAGGCAGGAGGAUCAAACUAGUAAAUAUUAAUGCAACUGACAUUGCUGAUGGAAGACCAUCUAUAGUGUUGGGCUUAAUAUGGACCAUUAUUCUCUAUUUCCAGAUUGAAGAGUUGACCAGUAACCUUCCAGCCUUGCAGGCCCUGUCCAACAGCGCAUCCUCUGUAGACAGCAUGGCUAAUUCUAAAACAGACAGUCCACCAAUGAAACGAAAAGUCACAACUAAGUUCCAGGGUGGUGCCAAGAAAGCCCUACUACGAUGGGUGCAGUCCACAGCCACCAGUCGCCUUGGGAUUGAGGUGAAAGACUUUGGUCCUAGCUGGCGCAGUGGUGUGGCCUUCAACUCUGUCAUAUAUGCAAUUCGCCCAGACCUGGUGGAUAUGGAGCUUGUGAGGAGAAGAAGCAACCAUGAGAAUCUGGAGGAAGCCUUUACUUUGGCAGAACAUGAGCUGGGAAUCCCACGCCUUCUAGACCCUGAAGAUGUUGAUGUGGAUAAGCCUGAUGAGAAGUCCAUUAUGACCUAUGUGGCUCAGUUCCUUAAGCACUAUCCUGACACCCACCAAUCAGAGACGGAUGGACAGCAGGACGAGUAUGAGCCUCAUGAUAUUGAGCUAAUUCUUGAGAGGGAGGAAAGAAAGAUUCUGCGGGAGUGGAAGGCCUGGCUGGAUCAGCUGGAGCGAGAUAUACUUCGUGCACAGGGAGCGGAAGGCAGCCUUCCCGAGAAAUAUCAGGCCUUUAAGAACUUCCGUGUGCAGUAUGAGAUGAGAAAGAAGCAAAUCGAGACUUUGCUGCAGCCUGUGCAUAAGGAUGGUAAACUGUCUGUAGACCAGGCAGUGGUGAAGCAGUCCUGGGAGCAAGUAUCAGUUCGGCUUCUCGACUGGCAUAUCCAUCUGGAUAAAUCCUUGCCAGGUUCCUUGGGAGUGAUUGGAGCCUGGCUGCAUCGGGCUGAGAUGGCUCUUAGAGAAGAGAUUCCCAUUCAGCAAGCCCAUGAAGAAACGGCCAACAUUAUCCACAGGAAGUUGGAGCAGCAGAAGGAGGUGCUGAUGAAUUUGGAAAGCCACAGACAGACAUUUCAGCAGAUUCACAGGGACAGAUCAGUAAAAGGUGUCCCUGUUCCAUCCGAACAGCUUCAAGACAUGGCAGAAAGAUUUAAUUACGUGUCCACCUCAUCUCAUGUCCACCUGAUUAAAAUGGAAUUCUGGGAAAUAAAGUAUCGUCUUAUGGCAUUUCUCAUCCUGGCUGAGUCCAAGCUUAAGUCUUGGAUUAUUAAAUAUGGUCGAAGAGACUCUGUGGAGCUACUUCUGCAGAACUACAUUGCAUUUAUCGAGGGUCACAAGUUCUUCGAGCAGUAUGAAACUACUUUUCAGACUCUUAAACACACUGCAGAUAUCUACAUUAAAUCUGAUAGCUCAGGAAGGAUCUACGGGAGAGCGGAGGAAUGUGAGGGAAUGAAUAAGUUUCUGAGUGACACAACGGCUCAGUGGAGGAACCUGUCAGUGGAGGUGCGCAGUGUACGGAGCAUGCUAGAGGAGGUCAUCUCCAACUGGGAGAAAUACAGCAGCACAGUGGCCAGCCUGCAGGCCUGGCUGGAGGACGCAGAACAAAUGCUCAGCCGAUCAGAGAAUGACAAGCGUGAAUUUUUUCGGAACCUUCCACACUGGAUACAGCAGCACCUGGAAAUGAACGAUGCAGGGAACUUCUUAAUUGAGACUUGUGAUGAAACUGUGUCUAGAGACCUGAAACAGCAGGUGCUCCUUCUCAAUGGCAGGUGGAGGGAGCUGUUUGUUCAAGUCAAACAUUAUGCAAGAGCAGAUGAAGUCGACAAACUGAGAAAAGAAUAUGAAGACGGUCUCCUAGCUUUAAAGAUUUUUGUUGAUUCAUCUAAUGAGAGGAUGAAUAUUCCAGUCCAAGUUUCCUUCUUGAAUAUGAGGACAUUUCUUCAAGAUGUUGAGGAUAUCAAAAACAAAAUGCCUGUGAUGGAGGCAGUUUUUAAGACAGCCACACGCAAUGCCCAGCAGCUAACCAAAGACACUUCUCAGGAAGAGGUCACACACAUGCUGGCCUCGAUGGCAACCAUCAAAGAGGAGCUUAGCAAGGUAAGGGAGCAGGUAUUACCUUUGCUAAGGGAUUCCCAGGUCUUGCUGCCUCCUUUAGAAGAGAUGGAAAAGAACAUCACUGGGUUCUACCAGUCUCUGGAAAAGGCCAGCCGCAUCACCAGCGCUCGCGACUCUGAAACACCAGGAGAUUUAAAACAGAAGUAUCAGGAGCUAACAACAUACCAGCAAAGCUGUAGGAAAUGUCUAACUGUAAUAGAUAAGAACUAUCAGAUCAUAAUAAACACCUUGGAAAGCAGUAAGACUUUAAAACAUUUGGACAAAUCUCUACUACAAAAGAGAAUAGCAGAACUGCAGGCUUCCUUACAGUCUAUGAUAAAGGAGACCACUGAGUGGAAGAAGCAUGUGGAGGCUAACAGCAGCUUGAUGAAACGGUUUGAGGAGUCUCAAGUGGAGCUAGAGAAGGUGCUUAAAAUAGCCAGAGGUUGUAUGACAGAGAGAGGAGACCCAGAGGACCUGCUUAAGAAACACACAGAAUUUUUUGGGCAGCUUGAUGAGCGAGUCCUUAAUUCAUUUCUGAAGGCCUGCGAUGAGCUCACUGACAUUUUGCCUGAGCAAGAGCAGCAAAAUCUACAGGAAACAGUCAGGAAACUCCACAAACAGUGGAAGGAUGUUCAGACAGAGAUUCCUUACCACCUGCUCCACCUGAAAUUAGAGGUUGAGCGCAGUCGCCUGACAGUGUCUGUGCAGGAGUGUCAAGCUGAGCUGGCCAGAGAGAAUCGUAGCCUGCCAGGCAUGGGCAGUGAGAGACUGGUGAAAGAGCACAGGGCCUUUUUCAGGGAGAAAGGUCCUCAGAUGCUGUGUGAGAAGAGGCUGCAGCACAUGGAGGAGCUGUGUUUGAAGCAGCCGGACAGCGAACAGGCUCGUCAUACACUACAAAAUGCCAGAGCUGCCUUUUCUGAUGUCAAAGAUGAGAUAGAGAGCACUCAUCAGAAAUUAAUGCAGCACCCUGACAAAUGGAAAGAAUUUAACACCAGAUUUUCAGAACUGUCUUCAUGGGUAACUUCAAAAGAAAGCCAGCUCAGGGUUUUGCGAAAUCAAGCUGGGGAUCCCAGUAAAUUUAGCCAGAUCAAAUCCACCAUAGAGAGUUUAAGGAAUGAUGCAGAGCUACAGGAAGGAAAUAUGACCUGGUUAAAAUCUCGCCUCUCUGUGCUCAUUGAGAUCAGCACAGUGAGCGAUGCCCAAAGGCAAGCAGAUGCCCUCAGCAAACUUUCCACUGACUUCAAGAGUCUUCUAACCUCCCUUUCUGAGUCUGAAAAGGUGGUAUUAGCAGUUGGGGACUGUGUGCAGUUCCAGGAGGAGGUAAGAAUUACUCUGGAUGAACUAUUGCAAGGCCAACAGGAGCUGCAAGCAGAGGUAAUGAAGAUUCUUAACUCUGAGUCUGCUAAAGAUGCCCAGCAAAUGUUGCUCAUUUACCAGCAACAAUUAAAGCGUAUGCGACUUAAAAGGAAGGACAUGCAGCAGCAGAUCAGUCGAGGUCAACAGCUCCAAAUUGAAGAGGGCUUGGGGGAAAGCUAUCAGGAUGACCUGCACAGAUUAGAGACCACCUUGAAUGAGAUGGAACAAAGCAUGGAUGCACAGGAGCAGAGUCUGGAGGCAACACUGGCUGCAUGGCAGGACUUUGACAGCCAUCAGGCCACAGUGGCAGAGUUUGUAAGCCGUGCACAAUCAAUCACAGAAAGAAAGAUGACUUUCAGUAACCCUGAGAGCCUGUCUGCAGAGCUGGGGCAGGCAAAGGAGCUACUGACACAAAGUGAGGCCGAGGCAAAGUUGGUGGACACACUCAUCAAGAAGGCGACAGAGAUCCAACUUGGCCCCAAAAACAAGACUCUGCUACACAAUCAAGCCUGCUUUCUCAGUGACCAGCUGCACAGAGCUGUGGCACGACUUAAGAAAGAUGUGGAGACUCUGGAGGGCAUAAAGGUACAGUGGGACUCUUUUUGGUGUAAAUUUGAGUCCCUCUCCACAUGGAUCUCUGAGAAGGAGAAAGAUCUGGACACAGUGAAAAUCUCAAAUGCACCACUGGAGCAGCAGAUUAGCACUGUGAAGGCUGUGAAAGCAGAGCUGAAGGAGCGAGCAGAGAUCCUGUCCAAUCUUGAAGAGCAGUCUCAGGGAUUAGGCCAGUAUGUGUCAUCAGGGGAGUCUGCGCGGAUCAAAGCUCGUCUGACACAGAUCGGCAGGUACUGGGAAGAGCUCAGGGACAGCGCAGAGCAUUUGAACGGACGGUUGGAGGAGAGCUCCUCUCACCAGCAAAAGUUUGAUACAAACCUUCAACAGGUGCAAUCAGAGAUUGAUGCUGUUCAGGAGAAACUGGACAUGCCUCUGACAUCCUGUGUAUCCUCAUCUGACGUCUACAAAGCUCUGCAAGACCACACGGAUGUGUUCCAGUCCCUGGAAAAGCUGAAGGCCACUCUGUUGACACUAUGUGCCGGGGCACGCAGGUUGAGUGAGAGAGAGAAAUCAGAGAAAGCAGUAUCAGAUCUACAGCACAGCUAUGAACAGAGCCUAAAGCAAGCCAAAGACAAGCAGGGUCAAUUGGAGAGCCUCCUGUCCCUGUGGCGAAAGUUUGAAAAAGACUGCUGUUCUUUGCAGUUAUGCCUUGAGAGAUGUGAGUCUGUGUCUUCCUCUACAACACAGUACCUCACAAUUGACAAGACAAAGCUGGAUGGAGAGCUGAUGGAACUUCAACAUCUUCAGUCUGAGCUGGAUUCUCUGGUCACUGUGUAUGAGGGACUGCCGGCCCAUGUCGAUGCACUUUUUCCCACUGCAUCAGAUGAGCAAGUAAGGGUUCUUCAGGGGGACCAUGAACAGCUGAAGAAUAGAUGGGACUCCCAAAGCAAAGCAAUACCCCACAGGAUCCAAGAGCUUCGUGACCACAUGUCCAAGGUGGCAGAGUAUGACCAGUCUCUACAAAAGUUCUUCAAAUGGGGAGAAUCCUUUCUUUCAUCUCUUCACUCAUUCUCCCAAGUUAAUAUUACAGAUUUACAGCCAAUUACCAUUGAAAUAAAGAAGAAUGCAGAGGCACUCAAGAGCAAAAACAGUGAGAGACAGUGUCUCCAGCAGCAGACGGAAUCCUUCUGUGCCUCUUGUGAGCCUGUGGAGCAGCAGCUCUUACAGAGCCGACUGGAGAGCAGCCUGCAACCUUACUUGGAGUCCCAGCAGCUGGUGAUGCAGCGUGAUGAGAGUGUAGAAAAGUUGGAAGCCUUCCUGCAGACCCACAAUGUGGCUGCAGGUGUCCUGCGGGGCCUCAGACACACAGUGGAAAGUGCCGGGAGCUGGGACAAGAGUCGAGUAGAUGAACUGCAAAGAGACUUGGAGGCAAUCAUUCCUGACAUUAGUCGGCUAGAGUCACUGGCUAUCUGCCUGGAUAGCAGUCUUUGCAAGGCCCAUCUUCACCUGGUUGACGAUAAGGAGGCUCGCACAUUGUGCCGCUCAUUGGCUGACUCUCUGAGCAUGGAACUGGAUGGGGUAAAGACCCUGCUGGGUUCUAAACAGAGUGAAGCCGAGGCAUUGGGUGCACUGUGGAGCUCCUUUAGACAACGUAAGGAACAGCUUCUCAAAAGCGUGGAGGACAUUGAAGAGAAGGCUGACCAGCAAAAACUUAAAGAGCCCAAUCUGCUCACAUUACAACAGAGGUUGAGGUUUUUUAAUCAGUUGGAAGAUGAACUGCAGUCACACCAGCAUGAGGAGCAGUGGCUGAGGGAUAAAGGCCAGCAGCUAGCACAGCGAGAUGCAGAGCUAGCCGGAGAGGUUCUAAGAGAGAUAAGUCUUCUUGAUACCACCUGGGAGGACACAAAAAAACUUCUCACAGAAAGGCAGGAGCAAUGCACUGCUUUGAUUGAGCUAAUGAGGGACUAUCAAGGUCUGAAAUCCUCUAUUAUUACAAAAGUGGAGAAUGCUGCAAAUUUAGCUGACAUUAAACUUGUUCUAAAGGACCAGGAGGACACCAAGAGGUCCCUGUCAAAGCAUGAAACAGUUAAAAUAGAGCUGGCAAAUAAUCAGGAGGAACUGGAUCGCUUUUCCAUUAAAGCAAAGCAACUGCUUAGUGAAUUAAACAGAAUACCAGACUGUCAAGCCCAGGUGAUUAAGACAGAGAUGGAAGCCAUUGUUGACCAGUGGCUGGAUGUAUCUGAAAGAAUUGAGGAUAACAUUGAGAAUCUUAGGAAAGGUUCCUUAAUGUGGGAAGAUGUUUACUAUAUCAAUGAAGAAAUUGAAAGCUGGUCUAAUGGCUGUGUAAUGGAACUCACAGGCAGCCUUAACAACUUCAAUGACAGCCAGAAAACUGAAAAUCGAUUCAAUGAAAUAAAGGCUGAAGUAGAACAGAAAGAGAAGAGGUUAGACACUCUACAAGGCAAAGUUUCAGACCUAAAACAGCUUUGUGAUACCAAAGAUAUACCCACCUCACUACAAGUCAUGGAGGCUGACCUACAGAAGAAGAUAAACAAUGUUCAGGAGCUGUGGGCUCAAGCCAAGACCAACCUGAGUGAUUUCCGCACUCAGAAAAAGCAACUGGAGGAUUUCCUCUCCCAAAUGACUGAAUGGUUAAAUAAAGUGGAGGGAUCCUUGCUGGACACAACAUGUGGCUCACACCCAGAGGAGAUCUGCAGAGUAAAGGAAAUUCAAAAAGAGCUGCAAAACCAACAGACAAGCAUAGACUCAGCACGAGAGAACCUGAACACGCUUUGCAGGAAGUACCCCUCAGAAGAGCUGACUGGCCUUGGGUCUGCUUUAACUGAGCUCAUCAAGAAAUAUGAAACUGUCAAUCAGCUCUGUGUUAAAAGGCUAGGGUCGAUGCAACAAGAGCUACAGCAGCUUUUUAGUGAUCUUGUAAAGCAGUUUCACACAUGGCUUUCUGGACAGAAGGACAUUGUGAGAGAAUGUUCUGAUUACUCUGGUGACACCAGUGUUAUAGAGCGCAAACUGCAGAAGCUAAAGGGGGCUCUGGAGAGAGUAGAGGAUGGUGAAAGUCGUUUAAUGCAGGUAUGUCAAGAGGGAGAAAAGCUCCUACUCCAUCUCCCCAAAGCCAGUGCUGGUCAGGUGCAGCAAAGCCUCUCAUGCAUUCAGCAGGACUGGGACAGUUACGUAGGACAGUGCAAGUUAAACCAGCAGAGUCUCGAAGAAAGUGCUAGUCUGCUCAGUGGCUUUGAGAACAAUCUACAGAGGCAGAGCCGCUGGCUGGAGCGUAUGGAAGUAAGGCUGAGCACAGAGCUUCCUGAGGGCAAACACAUCGAGCAAGAGAAAACAACACUGGAGCGUGUAGAGGCAUUUUAUGAAGAGGCUCUGAAAGAAAGGGAUUCCUUUGAGAGUUUGUGCCAAGAGGCUCAGGCGUUAAGUGAGGGAGGUCAUGGCAGUGGUGCUGAGCUGCGGGUAGCAACACAGCUACAGAUGCAACAGCAGUCUCUGCUGAAAGCGGUGCGAGAGCGGCUGCGCACCUGCCAACAGAGCCUGCAGGAGCAACAGAGCUUUGAGGAGACGCUGCAGGGCACAUGGGCCUGGCUCAGCAACAUACAGGAGCGACUCACAGUGCUCAACAGCACCACUGGCAACAAAGAGACUCUGGAAAAGAGGCUGGUGCUUGUUCAGGAUAUCCUAUUACUGAAAGGUGAAGGAGAAGUCAAGCUAAAUAUGACAGUGGGGAAGGGGGAGCAGGUUGUGAAGAAUUGCAGUAAGGACAAGCAGAAGGCCAUUCGCUCUCAGCUUCAGAGUCUUAAAGAUUCCUGGGCUAAUAUGCUCAUGACUGCAAUGAGCUGUCACAGCCGUCUGGAAUGGACUGUGACCCAGUGGAACAGUUAUCAGGAAGGCAAAGCACAGCUGCAGCAGUGGAUGGAGACAGUAGAGCAAGAGAUUGGGGUUUCUCUCCCUCAGCAGCCUGGUUUAAAAGAGAAAACCUCUCUGUUGGAGCGCCUACGUGCCAUAGAGGCUGAUGUGGAGGGCCACUCUGCAGCACUCAGCCGCUUAAAUGAGAAAGCCACUGAACUGUUUGAGAAGACCAGAGACCAAGCCUUUGCAGAACAGCCUAGAGCAGAUCUUAAUGCCCAGUUCUCUAACAUCACAACAGUCAUAAAAAGUAAAGUACAGCAGAUGGAAGAGACGGUGAAAGAGCACAAGCUGUAUCUGAAAUCUGUGCGGGAACUAAAUGACUGGCUGACCUCUGCUAAAGAGGAGCUCCAGCGCUGGUCUGACAUGUCUGGAGAUGCUACGUCUGUUCAGAAGAAGCUCUCCAGGGUACAGGAGCUGCUUGACUCAAGGAAGCAGGGCAGGGAGCGACUGGAGCGAGUGCAGCAGUGUGGUGCUGCAGUUCGGGAUCACACCUCCACCAUGGGGUGUGAGGCUUUGGAGAGGGAGGAAGCAGGACUGCUCUCUGCUUGGGAGCAAUGGGAGCGUGGGGCUAAUCAUGUACGCUCUAGCUUGGAGGCCAUGCUGACACAAAUGGCUAGCUCAGAGCAGGAAUACAGUGGUCUGGCUGCACAGCUAGAGCAGGACCUGCAAGACUUUAGCAGCCGGCUUCAGGAGUGGCGCAACACACUGCAGCAGGUCGAGGCCAUGAACACUAGUGAGGAAGCUGUACAUGGCUGGCAGAUUGCCAAGGACACAAAGGAAGCAUUGCUCAAUGCAGAACCCAUGUCAGACAAUCUAAAGUCACAGCUGAAUGACCUUUGUCGUUUCUCUCGUGACCUGGGAACACAGUCUGCAAGAGUGUCUGCUCUCAUCAAAGACUAUAACAGCCUUAGUCUGCAGGUCUCUAAAGAAUGUCAGGGAAAAGAGAAGCUGCUAGAGCAGAAGUUCCGUGCAGCUUUCAGAGACUUUCAACAGUGGCUUAUCAACGCUAAAAUUAACACAGCCAAGUGUUUUGAUGCUCCUCAAAAUCUCAGUGAGGCUUCGGCUAGUCUUCUAAAGAUCCAGGAGUUCCUAAGCGAUAGAGAGCAAGGACACAGCAAACUAAAUGUGUUGGGUGCUAGUGGAGACCUGCUGAUCAGCAUAGCUGCUAAAGACAGAGCAGAAGCCGUUCGAGCAAAAGUGAGCAGCGCCAGGGAGGACUGGAAGACACUAAUGACAAACCUGCACCAAAGAGAGACUGCCUUACAAAAUCUGCAAGCUCAAAUGAGGGACUUUGAAGCCAAUGUGGAGCCACUGCAGGACUGGCUAAAUGAGAAAGAGGCAGCAGUGCAGAUGAGCAGCAGUCGUCUACAUGACUUUCCAGCCAAGAAACAUGAGCUCCAUAGACUCCAGUCAGUGCUUGAGGAGUUGGCCUCUCAGGAGUCUCAGCUGAGCAGGUUAAGAGAAAAGGCCCAGCUCCUGUGGGAUGGACACAUGGCCGGAAAGGGCUUUGUGCAUCGUGUCUCUCAGCUCUCUGCUCAAUAUCUAGCUUUAAGCAACCUGACCAAGGAAAAAGCCUCUAGAAUUGAGCGGAUUGUAUCCGAGCACCAGCUUUUCUCUCAGGGUCUGAAGGAGCUGCAGAACUGGGUCGCAGACACGAGUCAUAUGUUGCAGACAUACUGCACUCCAACAGCAGAUAAGAAUGUUCUGGACAGCAGGAUGAUCAAACUUGAGGCCCUGCUUACAGCUCGCCAAGAAAAGGAGAUACAGCUAAAAAUGCUGGUCACUAGAGGAGAGUCUGUGCAAAGGAACACAUCUGCCGAGGGGGUCCCUCUGGUCUGCAAACAGAUACAAGACUUAAAGGAUUCCUUUGAUGGUCUACUCUCUUCAUCCAUUCAAUGCAAAAGCCAGCUGGAGGCUGCUCUCUCACAAUGGACCAGUUAUCAGGAGGAUGUGCGGCAGUUUGUAGGUUGGGUUGAGCAUGUGGAAGAAAGCCUAAACUCCACAGACAAACAAUGCUCAGAGAUGAGAGAUAAAACUGCCAAUCUGGGCAAGGCAAAGUUGCUGUAUGAGGAUGUCAUGAGCCAUAACACUGUCCUGGACACCAUUAACGUGAAGGGCUCCAACAUGGCUGAGCACUAUGUCACCCAGCUGGAGAUUCAAGAUUUGCAAGAGCGGUACAACACUGUUAAAGAGAGGGCCAAGUUGGUAGUGGCAAAAGCAGAGCAGUUGGUGCUAGCUCAUCAGGAGUACCAGCGCAGUCUGCAUGAGUUUAAGAACUGGCUGGAGCAGCAGCAGGAAAUGCUUAAUUGCUAUACCCAGCUGGAGGAGGAUGUUAACACCCUGGAAGAAACUCUACAAAAGCUGCAGGAGCUGCAGGUGCACUGCACCCAGGGACAGGCUUUACUCAACACUGUGCUGGUAAACCGAGAGCAGGUUAUCGCAUGGGGAAUGCCCCAACUGGAGGACCGCAAACUGGAAACACUGCAGCAGGAAUGGGGCUCUUAUCAGGCCCGGUUAGCUGAGACCAGAUCUCAGUUAAACAGCGCCCUUGCCAAACUCCGUCAGAUUGAGCAGAAGUUCCAGCGCCUUGAUACCUGGUUAAAGGGGAUGGAGAGUAAAGGCCAGCUGCGGAGCUGUAGGCGUUCUGACAGAGGUACCAAGGAGGCCCAGCUACAGCUGCUAAAGGGGUGGCAUGAGGAGGUGCUAGUCUACCAGGAGGAAAUUGAAGGUUUAAGUACUUUGGCCCAGCAGGUUCUGGAAGAAACUCACAUAAGCAGUAGAGUCAGUACAAGGGCUACACAGCUUACCUCACGCUACCAUGCCUUGCUACUGCACUUACUGGAGACUAUAAAACAUCUUAAGGAGGAGCUAUCUGCCAUUGAUGAAGCCCAGAGCGUUUUCAGCACAUUUUCUGACUGGCUAAGCACUGCAGAGAAUAACUUUAGCAGUGUGGCCACCAGCAUUAAUGUUGUUGAUUGUGUUGCAAUGGAGAGAAAAAUGAAAAAACUAGAGGCUUUACAGCGGGACAUGGAGCUGGGUCACUCUUUCCUAAAAACCAUGCGAGAGAAGACAGAGCGAGUUAUGGCCUUCCUGGAGGAGGCAGAGGCUGAGAAACUAAAAAAGGAAAUCAGUGACCGUCUUUCCCAAAUGGAUGAUCUAACGGGUGCACUGCGGACUGAGCUCAGCAGUCAGGAGAAAUGUAUUCAGCUCUCUAAAGACUUUUUGGACAAGUAUAAGUCCCAGAACCAGUGGCUUACGGAAACCAAGUCAUUUUUGUCUCUCCCUGUGGAACUUAAAGCUGAACUCUAUCAAAAAAAGGCACAGCUAGCCAAGUACAAGACAGUUCAACAAACUGUGCAGUCACAUGAGCCAGCUGUGAAUUCAACCAUUGAGAAAGGAGAAGCUCUGCUUGAAAUAGUUCACGAUCCAAGUGUCAAUGAAAAUAUGGCCAAGCUGAAAAAUGGUUACCAAGAACUAUGCAAAACAGCCAAGGCUCACUUGCAGAAGCUGACGGAGGGGGUGAAAGAGCACGAAGAUUAUAACAGUGAACUCCAGGAGGUAGAGAAAUGGCUGCUACAAAUGUCUAGCAGACUGGUCACUUCUGAUUCUAUGCAAUGUGGUAAUCUAGAGCUGGCUACACAACAGCUUGCCCGACACAAGGCAAUAAGGGAGGAGAUAGGUAGCUUUAAAGAGCGCUUGACAAGUCUGAAAGAGAAAGGAGAUAGUUUGGUUAGUCAUUGUUCAGAGCAGGUUCAGUCCAAAAUCAGCCAGCAAAUUCAGGCUCACCAGCAAGGAACCAAAGACAGCUAUACAGCUAUUUGCAAUACAUCUCAAAGGGUCUAUCAGAGUCUUGACCGGGAGCUACAGAAGCAUGUUAGUCACCAGGACACUCUGCAGCAGUGUGAGACCUGGCUUUCCACUGUACAAGAUGAAAUACAUUUACAUUCACAGACCCCCUUUGGUCUGCAGGAAGCACUAAAACAGGUGAAACACUUUAGGGCAUUGCAGGAGCAGGCCAGCACCUAUCUUGAUUUGGUUUGCUCAGGGUGUGAUUUAUCAGAUGAAACUGUUAGAGCCACAGCUGCUAAGAUCCAGGAGAUCAAAACCAUGAUUGAAGAAAGAAUGACCAGAGCUCAACAGCUGUCAGAGAGCUGGAGGGAGAUUAAGGAUCAAAAGCAGGAGCUAGCUAUACUCUUUCAGGAUUUGGAACAGCAACUACAAAGCCUCUCUAGGAGACCGGCAGAACUGGAUCCCAAGAUUGCUUUGAACAUGCUAGAUCAGACCAAAGAAUUUAGUGAGCAGUUGCAAAGCAGUCAAAGUACUUUAACAAAAAUGACGGAGUAUGUAAGUAAGCUUACAGAAGGCAAAGCUCCCCCAGAACAUGCAGAGCUUGACCGCCUGAGUCAUGCAUGGCUUGAGCUGUGCCAUCAUGCCAACAAGCUUCAGGCCAAAAGGGAAGAGGACCUGCUGAGGACAAGGGAGUACCAUGACUGUAUAAGUGCAUUGGAGGCUCUGUUUGAACAGGUUUCCAAAGAAUGGGACAAUCUAGCCAGAACUGAUGCUGAGAGUUCAACUAAGCAUUUAGAGGCUCUUCGGAAACUUUCAGUUGUCCUAAAAGAGAAGAAGAGCACUCUUGAGGACCUUAGAGACCAGAAACAGAAAGUGAUGCAUCAUUUAAAUCUGGAUGACAAAGAGCUAGUGAAAGAACAGACCAGCCACUUUGAGCAGCGAUGGGCACAUUUAGAGAGUCUGAUAGAGAGAAAAAUCCAGGACUCUAUCCAGACCCUUAAGGACAUGGCCCAAGUUGAAGCUCGUCUGAAAGAGGCAAGAGAGUGGGCUGAGGAACAACAGCCUGCUCUGUCUGAGGCUAUGAAAAUAAGCCCACCACCAGAGGUGGCCCAGAGCUUUCUGUUUGACCAUCUCAGCAUCUGCAGUGAGCUUGAAACAAAGCAGCUUCUCUUGGCACAAGCCAUAAGUGAUGCUGACAGGGUUUUAGCACAUUUAGGCCUUAAUGAAAGACAGCGAUUGCAGAAACUUAUCUCAGAGACCCAGGCUGAGGUAGAGUCAUUAAGUAUCAAAGUUGCUCAACGAAAGAAAAACCUCAGUAAGGCUUUCACAGAGAGGACACAGUUCCUACAAGCUGUCAGUCAGGCCAUUACUUGGGUUCAACAAAAUGAGAAAAAAGCCCAUGCUGACGACUACAUAGCUCUCCUGCCAGAUGACCUAAUAAAGCAAGUAAGGGCCUGCAGGAACAUUCAAAGCAGCUUGAGGGCUUACCAGACUGAGCUAACUUCUUUAUGGGCACAAGGCAGAGAUCUUAUGAAAGACGCCACAGAAGAUGAGAAGGCUGAGAUGCUUGCCAAGCUACAAGAGUUACAAAAUACUUUUGAGGUAGCUUUGCAGAAGUGUAUUCAAAGACUACAGAGUCUAGAAAAGGUAUUGGUAACAAGAAAAUACUUCAAAGCAGAUUUAGACAAGACAUGCCAGUGGUUAAAACAAGCAGAUAUUGUCACAUUUCCUGAAAUAAACCUAAUGAAUGGAGAUGCAGAACUAAUGGGACAACUUACAAAAUACCAGCAAACACUGGAACAAGCAGCAGAAUAUGAAAAUCUCCUGCUCACUGUCCAAAGAGCGGGUCAAGAUAUACUGCCAACUCUCAAUGAGGUGGACCACUGCUACUUAGAUGAGAAGCUUAAUAGUCUUCCACAACAGUACAACAACGUCUUGGCACUAGCAAAAGAAAAACAGGAGAAGAUUCAACAAGCAAUUCUUGCACGCCAGGAGUAUUCCUCCUUUAUUGAUGUGACAUACAAGGCAUUAAAAGAGCUUGAGGAACAAUUCCAUAAUCUUGGAACUCACCCGGUUGGUCUACAGACAGAGCAAGUCAUCAGUUUGCAGGAUGAUUAUAAAGCACUGCUUGAGGAGUUGACAAAUCUUGGCCAUGCUGUUAGUGAGCUCAACCAGAAAAAAGAGGGCUUUCGCAGCACUGGUCAGCCCUGGCAGCCUGGAGAGAUGACCCAAUUAGUCAGCCUGUAUAAUGGUUUAAAGAGGUUAAUAGAACAAAAAGUAGAACAUCUCGAUGACACAUUGGAAUCAUUUGAAGACCACCAAGCCAUGGCCAUGCAGGUUGACUCUGAAUUAAAAGCAACUAAAGAACAGCUAGUCAAAGUGAAUGCGGAGACACAGUCGGCUGAAGAAAGGCUGAAGAAUUAUCACGCCCUGGCUGCAAGUCUUCAAGGAGCCAGCUGUCACCUCACCAGACUCAUGGAGCAGAUGGGCAACCUUGCCUCUCACAUGGAUCCGGCUGCCCAUGAAGCCUCAAAGCAGAGGGUGUUGUGCUGGCAGGAAGAACUCCAGUCUUUACAGUCUGCAGUUGGGGAGUUGAUAGUGGAAUGUGAGAACAGAUUUGUGCAGAGUAAGGACUUUGAGACUGAAGUAAAACGUACAUUGACUUGGCUGCAGCAGAUCAAAGAUGAGCUGGGUUGUGCUGUCGUUGUUGAUGUAAAGGUGGAGAAGGUUCAAGAAGAGAUCAGGAAGCAGCAAAUCAUGCAGGAAGAGGUACAGUCUCGGCUUAGAAUCGUGGCUGCUCUGAGCACUAGGGAAAAACAGAAGUACACCAGUGCUAACGAACUUGUCCCAGCUCAUGUGGAUUCUAGUCUACAAGAAAUGGCAAUGCUAGAGGCAGACGUUCAACAAGCUCUCAGUUCUAAGCAGAUCACACUAGAGCAAGCACUGGCUUUUUGUCAAAAAUAUCACUCUCGAAUGCAAGCAGCAUGCGAGUGGCUUGAAGAUGCUGUAGGCUUUCUGCAGCAGGCCAGUCUCGGAGUGGAUGUAGAGAACUAUGAAGAGUGCCUUCGCCAGCAAGAGGAUAUAAUGGCAACUGAACAGGACUUUCUGGGUGUGUUGCAAGAGCUUGAGGCGCUCCCACCCCAGUUGGAAAAUAUGGUAAAUCCCACAGCCAAAGAACAACUACGAUUAAGUGUGGAGUCUGCUCAGCAAAGAGGGGUAGAAGUCAGAGACAAGCUUCAGUGUCAUCAGGAUGUUUUAAACAGCUGUAUAGCACAAUGGAUAUCCUACCAAGAUGACAGGCAGACAGUCAUUGAGUUAAUGAAUGAGGCAGAAAAGAAACUGACAGAGUUCUCCACAGCCAAGGCUGCAACUAUUCAGGAGGCAGAGGAAAAACUAAGGAGUCAUAAGUCACUGGUGUGCAUGGUGAAUGGAUUUCAGGACAAGCUGACAGGUCUGGAGGAACAAGCGUCUAAGCUAGAGCAGAUUGGUAGUGAUACCAGCAAAGCUACCAUUAGCCGAUCUAUGACUACAGUAUGGCAGCGAUGGACAAGGCUGCGAAGUAUAGCUAGAGGCCAGGAGAGAGUGCUGGAGGACACAGCUCAUGAGUGGAGGACUUUCAGAGAGAAGAUGAUGAAAUUAAGGUCUGUGGCAGAGGAGCUAAAAAGCCGUGUUCCUGAAUGUGCUGUAGAAAAAGCCUCUAAAGCCACACUUCAGUCUCUUUUGGAGCAGUAUGAGCUGGUCACUCAGGACCUAGAGAGGGAACUGUCCUCGCACACACUUCUACGACAGUAUGCCCUCAAUCUGUUGCAUGAUGUUGAGGUGUCAGUGCCAACCACUGAUCUUGACCAACUACCUAGUCUAAGGGAGAUUAAAGCUGUGCAAGAUCAGUUUGAAAGUCUCUUGCAGAAGUCCAGGACAGGUAAAAUAUGUGUCCAGAAAGAACUAAAAGAUAGAGAAGAGGUGGAAAGAGAGCUAAGCUUGGUGAAAAGUUGGAUUCAGGAUUCAAGAGAACUCCUACUCAACCCCACUGCUGAUUUGGACAUUCUUACACAAGAGCUGGAGGUAAUGCAUGGAGAACUGAUCACCCACCGUCAAAAUGUGGAUAAGAUUGCAGAACAACAGCAGACCAAGUAUUUGGACUUGUACACUAUUCUGCCAUCAGAAAUCUCCAUGCAGUUGGCUGAGGUUGCUUUGGCUUUGGGUUCAAUUGAAGAUCAGAUCCAAGCCAAGGAAAGAGACAUUCAAAAGACUACAGUUAUCAAGCAGGAAUUUAACUCCAGGAUCCAUGACAUUUCAGAGAAAUUAAAAACUAUAUCUACAACACUCAAAGAAAAAGCCACAGACACUGAUCAAGCCAAAGAAGAAACUCAGGGUUUCUGUGAUGAGCUGGAGAGCUGUGGCAGAACACUUGCUGAGCUGAUUGCAGCGGUGCAGGACCUUGGUCGGCGUAAUCCACUUUUGGCCAAGCAACUUAGUGAUGCCAUUUCAAAGUUAGGAGAGAUCCACCACCGCACCAUCCACCUGGCAGAAUACAGAAUGGUUUGGCUGAAAAAAGCUGACACACAUCUAGAAGAGUACAACGAGAUGCUGGAGUUUAUAGUAAAGUGGACAGAGCGAGCCAGAAGCUUGGUUAAGGCCAAUGUCAUUUGGAACUCCUCCUCUCACUUGCAGGAGCAGAUCGUAUUGUACCAGUUAAUUUUUGUUUACUUCUUGUCUGUGCAGUCUGUGUUGCAUGAAUCAUCCGAGCUUCAUGGGGAUCUGGAGGCCAUGCAGGAGAAGGUGGACCUGUUGUCUGAGUCUCUGCACAUGGAGGCCAUGGGACAGCAGGUGGCUGAGCUGAGCCGCCACACAGAGGAGCUUGAACAGUCCAUCAGAUCUCGCCUGCAGAGUCUACAGGAUGCCACUGAGGACCUGAAAAAGUUUGAGAAUGAAGUAAAAGCUCUGCAAACAGCUCUGGAGCAGGUCCAGGCCACCCUCACAUCUCCCGAACUGGCGCGCCUGAGUCUCAAAGAACAGCUUACUCAGAGACAGCGUCUGUUGUCAGACAUGGAGAAUUUUAAGCAGCAGGUGCAUGCAGUACAGACGAGUCAAAGUGCUCUUCGGGUUCCAGAGGAGGUGGUGAUGAACCUGUCUAUUUGCCGCACUGCUCUUAACUUACAACACGAGGCCAGCCAGCUGCAGCACACUGCCAUCCAACAAUGCAACAUUCUUCAGGAGGCAGUGGUACAACAUGAGCAAUAUGAGCAGGAGGUACAACAUUUGCAGGGACUUAUUGAGGACGCUCAUCGGGUCAUCCAGGACCGUCCUAUUCCCAGCAGCAAUAUCCAGCAGCUACAAACCCAGAUACGUCACCAUGAGGAGUUGGCCCAUAAAAUCAAAGGCUACCAGGAUCAAAUUGCAUCUUUGAACUCAAAGUGUAAGAUGCUAACUGUAAAAGCAAAGCAUGCCACCAUGCUUCUGACUAUAAGAGAUGCAGAGGGCCUGACUGAAGAAGCACAGGAAUUAGACAGAGCUGCAGAAGUCAAGCAAACCCAAACAAAACCUACUACGAUGACACCACACACCUUUUUGUCUCCUGUUACUGAGGAGUCUGGGGAAGAAAGCACCAACAGCGAGAUCUCCUCAGCUUCUUUCUAUCGCCCCUCCUCUCCUUUGACUAACACUGAGGCUUCGCUUAGCAUGUUGUCCAUGGGCCAAGCUAAUCUGGUCAGAGCUCCCAUACAAGAGCUGUAUGAUCCAACCUUGGAGUCUGUAUCUAAACUAGAUGACCUUCAGCGUUCAUGGGAGACCUUGAAAAAUGUGAUUAGUGAAAAGCAAAAGACUCUGUAUGAGGCUCUGGAGAAACAGCAGCGAUACCAGGGCUCUUUGCAGUCCAUUUCCAUGAGGAUGGAAUCUGUUGAAGCUAGCCUAAAUAAACCUCCUUUGCAUGACCAAAGUCCAGACAGUCAAAUGAUUUUGCAUCAGAGUCUAAUGAAAGACAUUUUCAAGCUGCAGAAUGACAUAGAUGAAAUGCAGUCAACCUUUGCAGAUGACCUGUUUUCCGACUCUUUGGAUUCUGACACUGCUGACCACCUUGCUAUGCAGUCCACCCUCACAGUGCUGUCUGAUCGUAUGGCCACCAUUAAUAUGAAAGCCUCUGGCAAACGACAGCUUCUGGAGGAGCGUUUAAGCGAUCGCCUGGAGGCACAGCAACAGGAACAGACCUUACAACGCUAUCUUAGUCAGGUGGAUGACUUAGAGCAGUGGCUGCUAAGUGCACAAAGCAUGCUCAACUCCACCCUUCAGGAUUCACAGAUGAAUGAGCAGCCCUCAGACUGUGAGAACAUGCUGCUGGAGAUUGAGGAGAAGGUGCUAGCUCUGUCCGAGCUCUCCCUGCACAGUGAGGCCCUGCUACUAGAGGGACAACCAGAGACCAGGAACGAAGCUGAGCACCUAGCCAGGAAACUACGCACCUUAAAGAGCAGCCUUGUGGAGCUGCAGCGAAUGCUACAGGACAAACAGCUGAGCAUCCAGGGAUUACUUCAGGAGCCGUCUGAUAGUGAAUCUGAUUCCAGCCUUUCUCAGAGUCCUAAUAUGCAGGAUUGGCUGGCCCAAGCCCGCAGUACACGAAGCCUGCAACACCAGGACACACUGCAGAGAAAAAAAGAACUUGAGGAGCAGUUGGCUGAGCAGAAGAUGCUGCUUAAAUCUGUAGCUAGCCGAGGAGAAGAGAUCCUCCACCAGCAGGCUUCACCCAGCAGUCCCAGGCUCUGCAGUGUGAGUGAGGUAUUCACUCCAGAACUAGAGCAGGUGAGCCAGGUUGCUCAGGGACAGAGGAGACAGAUAUGGGAAAGCCUGAAAAAAGACCAGACCACCAAACUUAAGCUUCUUCAGCGCACCCUGGUGCAGGAUAUCAAACAGCCAGUUUAUUCUAGGACUGCUCGUGUGAACACUUCGGCUCCUGUCUAUAAAGGAGAGGCUCAGGUCAACAAGUCCACAUUGCAGUCAUUAUACAGUGAAGUUAGCCAGGCUGCAGAGGACGUCUCUGCACAGGGUGCAGGUUCAGUAGAAGAGCAAGGCAUCCAAAUGCAGCAACAGCUGUAUACAGCAGUUACAUCCACCUCAUCUUGGCUGGAUGAUGUUGAGAACACUCUGUUCUCUAGGUCAGUGCUUUUGACGGAGAAUGCAGAGACUCAGCUCUCCAACCAUGAGGCUUUAUGGAAAGAUGUGGCUGAGGUAACAGAAGAGGUGAAGCACAGUCGCAUACUGUUAGAGAGUGUUGUGGGGUUGCCUAGAGAAGAGCAGGCUCUGAUGGUGGAUACUCUUGACUGCCUGUCUCAGCGACUUGGGGCCCUAGACUCGGCAGUGGAGCGUCGAUGUGAUAGAAUGAGGAGCAGAAUGCAGGAUCUCACUGCCUUUCAGGCUGAGCUGGAGCUACUUUCCUCUGCUCUUAGUGAGAGAAAGUUUCAAAUUCUACAGAGGCUGGCAGGGAUUCUCGAUCAACCAGCAGAAAAACAACUGGAGACUAUUGCAGAGGCAGAAGAGUCCCUGAAAAAAUUAGAGCAGAAAAUUACAGACCUAAAAUCCAGAGGAGCAGAUCUCCAGCUAGAUCAAAUUUCCACUAAUGAACUGCUGAAACUUCAGGAUGCCUAUGAGGAGUUGGCGAUAAUGGUGGGCUCACGCCGGAGUGGCCUGAAUCAAAACAUGGCUUUAAAAAGCCAGUAUGAGCGAGCACUACAAGACUUGGUGGAUCUGGUAGAUACUGCUCAGGAUAAGAUGGCUGCUGGACAGAAAAUAAUUGCUUGCUCAGUGGAAGAAAUCCAGAGUCUGUUAGACAAACAUAAGGAAUUCUUUCAAGGGUUGGAGUGGCACAUGGUCCUGACUGAGACGUUUUAUAAAAAAAUCAGUGCCUUUGUUCUUCCUCAAGAGAGCCAAGCUCUAGAAGACACUCUGGCCCAGGCACAGGAUGUUCUAAAGCAGGCUCACAAGAGAGGAGUUGAACUUGAACAUAUUCUGGAGACAUGGAGCUGCCUGGUACAAGACUAUCAGUGUCUAAACAGACAUUUGGAGACAGUUGAGAGCCGCAUGCCUGCUGUUCCUCUCCUAGAAGAGACAGAGGAGAGGCUGACAGAAAGAAUAGCGCUAUAUCAGGGCUUGAAGUCUAUUUUAGCUGAGCACCAGCACAAGCUACAUCAGGUGCUGGAGGAGGGAAAGGGCUUGCUGCAGUCUGUGGCCUGCCACAGUCUGGAGAAUCAACUUGCUCUGCUGGGAGAACACUGGCUUAACCACACCAACAUUGUCAACAAGGAGCUGCAGCAUCUGGAAUCUAUUCUUACACACUGGACAAGGUAUCAGAAUGAAUCUACUGAACUUAAUCAGUGGCUACAAGAAGCUCUGGAACGUCUGGAGUUCUGGAGCACUCAGUCAGGAACUGUACCUGAAGAGAUAGAGACUGUUAAAGACCACCUCUCAGCUUUCCUGGAAUUCAGUAAGGAAGUCGAAGCUCGCUCCAGUUUGAAGGUGUCAGUAUUGAAUGAGGGAAACCAGCUGUUGAGGCAAAAGAAAGCAGAUACAGGUGUUCUUCGGGCUGAGUUGGCUCGUGUUGAAGCCCAGUGGACAGAGCUGCUCACUCGUAUCCCGGUAGUACAAGAGAAACUCCAUCAGUCCCAAAUGGACAAGUUAGCUUCCUGCCAUGCCAUCACUGAACUUGUGAACUGGAUCUCACUGAUGCAAAAUGUGAUUGAGGAGGAUGAAGAAAAUCUUAAAGGAGCUGUUGGCUCUAAAGUCAUUCAGGAGUUCCUACAGCGAUACAAGGGAUACCGUGUGGAUGUAAACUGUAAACAGCUGACCGUGGACUUUGUGAACCAGUCAGUGCUGCAGAUCAGUGGGCACGAUAUAGAGAGCAAGCGCAGUGACAAGACAGACUUUGCUGAAAAGCUAGGAGCCAUGAAUCGCUGCUGGCAAAUACUGCAGGCUCGCGUUACAGAGAGGGUUCAGUACUUGGAGAGCUUGCUUCAGUCUUGGCUGGAAUAUGAGAGCAAUGUGCAGACCCUUAAGACCUGGUUCUGCGCUCAGGAGGAGCGACUUAAAAGAAAACGGAGGAUUGAGGAUCUCUCCUCAGUGCAGAAUGCUCUCAAAGACUGUCAGGAAAUGGAGGAGAUGGUUAAAGAGAAGGAAAAGGAGGUGGAGAAAGUAGAGGAGCAGGCCUGUGCUCUUGUUCAGAACAAGACAGAUGAAGCCUGUGCUGUUGUCAUGGAAACACUCCAGGCACUGAAUCACACUUGGGCCAAUCUUGAUCAUUUAAUUGGACAGUUGAAGAUCAGUCUGAGGUCAGUGUCAGAUCAGUGGAGUCAGUACAAGUGGGCAGCAGAGGAAAUCAACAGCUAUUUGACAGAAGGAAGAUACUCUGUGUCUCGCUUCCGCCUGCUGACUGGUUCUCUGGAGGCUGUGCAACUUCAGGUGGACAGUCUGCAGAAUCUGCAAGAAGAGCUGGGAAAGCAGGAGACCAGUUUGAGAAAGUUUGGAGCAAUCAUACAUCAGCUACUAAAGGAGUGUCAUCCAUCAGUGUCUGACUCUCUAAACAACACACUUAAAGAUGUCAAUGCCAGGUGGAACAGCUUGUUAGAAGAGAUUGUGGAGCGCCUAAAGAGCAGCAAAGCUUUGUUGCAACUGUGGCAGAGCUAUAGGGACCUGUAUGAGCAGAGUAAGCACAGCAUUCAGAACCUGGAGGAGAAAGCAGAGCAGCUCCUAAAAACUGCUAGCAGAAAGGACAUUUCUGAGGAAGAGGUGUCCAUUUGGAUUCCAGACUGCACUGAGUUGCUGCGUUCCCAGGCCCCAGUUCAGGCAUCUUUGCAAGUCCUUUUGGAACUAGGCGAGCAGCUCAAACAGCAAGUCGACACCUCAGCUGCAGCCUCCAUCCAGUCAGACCACCUUUCCCUUUUACAGCGUCUUAACUCCAUGGAUCAAGCCCUCCACCGACAGCAGGCUGCUCUGCAGGCUGGAAUGCAGGACUAUGAGACCUUCAGUGAGCAGCUAAACUCUCUGGGCCGGUGGUUAGUCGAGGCCGAGGAGACCCUUAAGGGUCAGGACCCCAAUGGUUCCACUGAUAUGUCAGCCACUGAGGAACGCAUGAAGGAGUUAAAGAAACAGAUGCUAAAGUUCAGCAGCAUGUCGCCAGACCUGGAGCGACUAAAUGAGCUGGCCUACAGACUGCCUCUUAGUGACUCUGAGGUUAAACGCAUGCAGAACUUGAACAGGAGCUGGGCUACCACAUCAGCCCAAACUACUGAGAGAUUCAGUAAGCUGCAGGCCACCCUGCUGCAGCAGCAAACAUUUCUGGAGAAGUGUGAGACUUGGAUGGAGUUCCUGGAGCAGACAGAGGAAAAGCUGGCUGUGGAGAUCUCUGGAAACUUCCAGAGCUUGAUGGAGCAGCAGAGAGCUCAUGAGCUGUUCCAGGCAGAGAUGUUCAGUCGACAGCAGGUUCUUCACUCCAUUAUUAGCGAUGGACAGCACAUGCUUGAGCAAGGACAAGUGGAUGACAGAGAUGAGUUUAAGCUGAAGUUGGCCCUGCUGAGUAACCAGUGGCAGGGUGUGGUGAGACGGGCACAGCAGCGCAGGGGUAUCAUAGACAGUUUGCUUCGCCAGUGGCAGCGCUACAGAGAGAUGGCAGAGAAGCUGCGCAAAUGGCUGGUUGAGGUCUCACAACAUACUGAUGCUCUACAGUCUGGAGCUCCAGUACCUUUACAACAAGCUCGAGCCAUGCUGGGUGCGGUGCAGCUGAAGGAGAAGGUGCUGCAAAGACAGCAGGGCAGUUACAUCCUGGCUGUGGAGGCUGGCAGGCAGCUGUUGCUAUCUGCCGACAGCCGGGCUGAGGCAUCACUGCAAGAGGAACUACUCAGCAUCCAAGAGCGCUGGAGAAAUGCCAGCAUUUGCCUGGAAGAACAGAAGAGACAGUUGGCUGUACUACUCAGGGAUUGGGAGAGAUGUGAGGAGGGCAUUGGUGGGUCUCUGGAGAAACUGCGGGCUUUCAAGCGCCAGCUUUCUCAACCUCUACCAGAUCACCAUGAGGAGUUGCAGGCUGAGCAGAUGCGAUGCAUGGACUUGGAGACCAUGUUUGAUGGCUGGACAGAGGAUUUAGCUCAUCUGACUGUGCUGAGAGAGUCUCUCUCAAGCUACAUCAGCAGUGAAGAUCUUUGUGUGCUGCAGGAGCGCAUAGAACUGCUUCAGCGCCAGUGGGAGGAGAUUUGCCAUCAGUUGUCUCUGCGCAGGCAGCAGGUGAGUGAAAAGCUGAACGAGUGGGCCAUCUUUAAUGAAAAGUACAAAGAACUAUGUGAGUGGCUCACGCGUAUGGAGAACAAGGUCUCCCAGAAUGGUGACAUCAGUAUCGAGGAGAUGAUUGAGAAACUCAGAAAGGACUAUCAGGAGGAGCUGACAUUGGCCCAAGAGAAUAAGCAGCAGCUUCAGCAGAUGGGAGAGCGUUUGAUUAGAGCUAGCCAUGAGACCAAAGCCUCAGAGAUUGAACACAAGCUGGUCAAGGUCAACGAGCAAUGGCAGCACCUACUCAAUCUCAUCAGUGCAAGGACGAAAAAGUUGCGAGAGACUCUGGUGGCUGUGCAGCAGCUGGACAAAAACAUGAGCAGUUUGCGUUCCUGGCUGGCCCACAUUGAGACUGAGCUUUCCCGGCCUAUGGUCUAUGACACCUGUGACUUUCAGGAGAUUCAGAGAAAACUGGACCUGCAGCAGGAGCUGCAGAGGGACAUCGAGAAGCACAGCACAGGUGUGGCCUCUGUGCUAAAUCUGUGUGAGGUGCUUCUGCACGACUGUGAUGCUUGUGCUACAGACGUAGAAUGCGAUUCUAUACAGCAGGCCACACGUAGCCUGGAUCGUCGCUGGAGAAGCAUCUGUGCCAUGUCGAUGGAGAGGAGGCUUAAGAUUGAGGAGACAUGGCGGCUUUGGCAAAGGUUUCUGGAAGACUUCUCCAACUUUGAGGAAUGGUUGUCAAUGUCUGAGAAGACAGCAGCCUCAGCAAAUUCAUCAGGUGUGCUGUACACCACAGCAAAGGAAGAACUGAAAAAGUUUGAGGCAUUCCAACGGCAGGUGCAAGAGAGCCUGACCCAGCUUGAGCUGAUCAACAAACAGUACAGACGUCUGGCAAGAGAGAACCGCACUGAUGCAGCCUGCCGUCUGCGGGAGAUGGCCCACGACGGAAACCAACGCUGGGAUAACAUACAGAGAAGAGUAGCCUCUAUCCUGCGCCGCCUCAAGCACUUCAUUACUCAAAGGGAGGAAUUCGAGACCACCAGAGACAGCGUAUUGGUGUGGCUGACUGAGAUGGACCUCCAACUUACUAACAUAGAGCAUUUCUCUGAGUGUGAUGUCCAGGCCAAAAUUAAACAACUUAGGGCAUUCCAACUGGAGAUCUCAGUGAACUCCAACAAGAUUGAGCACAUUCUGCAGCAAGGGGAGACUCUGAUAGAGAAGAGUGAGCCACUGGAUGCUGCUGUCAUUGAGGAGGAGCUCGAGGAAUUGCAGCGCUACUGCCAGGAGGUGUUUGGUCGAGUGGAACGCUUCUACAAGAAACUCAUUCAUCUACCGGUCGCAGAUGAUGAGGCUGAUACUUCCUACUCAGAUCGGGAGUUUGAUUUAGAUGAGACGGCUGAUCUCUCUAGCCUUCCAUGGAGUGAGCGUCUGGGUGACGGUCUGCCCUCUCCGGUGCCUUCCUCCAGUCGAUCGGCCCCUCUGCGAACUGAACGCUCAGGCAGAGACACUCCAGCCAGUGUUGAGUCCAUCCCUCUGGAGUGGGACCAUGACUAUGACCUGUCCCGUGUACUGGAGAGUGCCACCAGGGCCACGGAGCAAGGAGAAGAGGGCAAAGAUGGCUCAUACCUACAAGGCCAAGAAUCUGUCCUCUCAGAUGUAGUGAUCCCAGAGAGCCCAGAGGCAUAUGUAAAACUAACAGAGAAAACACUGAGGUCCAUCUCUGGAGAGGCAACCUCUGAGGAAACUAAUUUCCGGCAGCUUGCAAAGGCACUAGACACCAGCUGCUUUCACCUGCAGCAGACUGAGAACAUCAUCCGUAGCCGGACACCUACUGGCCCUGAGCUGGAUGCCUCUUACAUGGGCUAUAUGCGUUUACUUGGGGAAUGUCGUAACAGUAUUGACACAGUCAAAAGGGUAGGAUUUGAGCUAAAGGAGGAAGAUGACAAGUUUGCAGGCUUUGUAAACCCUAACAGCUCAGAGGCACAGACCUCAGGUGUAAUUGAGCGCUGGGAACUACUACAGGCCCAGGCUCUUAGUAAAGAGCUGCGCAUGAAGCAGAACAUGCAGCAAUGGCAACAAUUUAACUCCGACCUUUCCAGCUUAUGUACCUGGCUGGAUCAGGCUGAAGAAGAGCUGGAGCAGCGGAGGCUGGACGUUCUUACUGAUAUCGACACCAUUGAGCUACGCAUCAAGAAGCUGAAGGAGCUGCAAAAGGGUGUGGAUAAACGGAAAGCCAUAGUGCUGUCCAUAAAUCUAUGCAGUUCUGAGUUUGUGCAUUCGGAUAGUGAGGAAUCUCAGAAGCUGCAGGGCCGGCUAAAGGAAAUGAAUAACCGAUGGGAGCGACUAACCAGCUCUCUGGAUGAAUGGAGAAACUCUCUUCAAGAUGCACUAAUGCAGUGCCAGGACUUCCAUGAAAUGAGUCAUGGUCUGCUGCUGUGGCUAGAGAAUAUUGACCGCAGAAGAAAUGAGAUUGUCCCCAUUGAUCAUAGUCAGGACAGUGACAUUCUGCAUGAACAUCACAGAAACCUCUUGCAAAUCCGUCGGGAGCUGUUGGACUCUCAGCUGAAGGUGGCUUCCCUGCAGGACAUGUCCCUGCAGCUCCUGGUCCAUUCAGAGGGUGGUAAAUGCCUAGAGGCCAAAGAGAAGGUGCAUAUUAUUGGCAAUCGACUUAAGACUCUGCUGAAAGAGGUGACACGAGACAUCAGGGAACUAGAGAAAACUCUGGACAUCACCAGCAGUCAGCAGGAUUUGACAUCUUGGUCAUCUGCUGAUGAACUGGACACAUCUGGUUCAUUAAGUCCCGUAUCUGGACGAAGCACUCCCAGUCGUCAGCGAUCGCAUCGAAGCAAAAGUAGUCUGUCACAGCUUGGACCCUGUAUAAGAAGUCCACAAUACAGCAGGCCUCUCAGCGUCGCUGGAUCCGAUUCCUCCCAUUCUGAAGAGAAAGCACGGCGCUCCUGGUGUAGAACCUUUCUUCGGCGAGUGCUUUUGGUGUCAAUGCCUGUGCAGCUACUCUUGCUGUUCCUAGUGGCCUUGGCCUGCUUGGUGCCUCUGGCUGAGGAGGACUACAGUUGCUCCCAGUCCAACAACUUUGCCAACUCUUUCAACCCUAUGCUUAGUUACACCAAUGGGCCUCCACCUAUAUAAGUUCAGUUUUAAUAAGAUCAAAGAUUUUACUGUGACUGGUAAACUAACGUUGACCACUAGACUAGCAGCUGAGGCUAAUCACUUUGUGUCAGUAUAACUAAAUACAGCUGCUAAGUCCCUUAGUGUAGAUGUUAGGAAGAAGCUCAUUGCACUGAAACUAAAUACACUGUACAGGUGGGUGUUAGUGGUACAAAUAGUUCUUCCAAUUAAAAAAAUCUAUUUACAAGAAGUAUUUUUAACUAAAUAGUAUAGUAUUACAUGUUUAUUGAAGAUAGUGUUGAAGAUAUUGUUGAUAUUGAUCAGCUGUCAUUUAUUUCACGAGCUUGUAUUUUUGGUUUUGUAUUUUAUCAUUACAAAGUAUUUGAUUUAUUGCAACAAAUACAUAUAAUUGCUUAUAUAACAAAUGAGCUGUAAAAUAAAUUUUAAAGAACUAUAUACGGCAUUACAACUAUUUUUAUAUGUGUUUUUGGCAUGUGUUAAACUUUUGCUUUUAAAAUAGUUUAUGAAUUAAUAAAUUUAACCAUGUCCAAAAUUAUUUUAAUCCUAACUGACUGUAAUAACCACAUUAUAUAUAAUAAAGAUACUGUGUUCUAUAACAAAGAAAUACUGAUAAUAUCAUAAUUAUCCCUGUACAGUUUGCUCAAGCUUAAGACACAUUUGCAUUAAAAAUACAGACUGUAUGAA